UUUGGCAUCACCAAAUACUUGAAAAAAAUGGGGAAAGGUUACAAGGUGGUGGUGUGUGGAAUGGCUUCUGUUGGGAAAACUGCCAUUUUGGAGCAGAUUCUGUACGGUAACCAUAUUGUUGGCAUGGAGUGUAGUGCGACCGUAGAGGAUGUAUACAUGGCUCUGGCUGAAACAGACCGAGGAGUAAAGGAACAGCUACGCCUUUAUGACACCAAAGGGGUGGAGGCAGUCGAGCAGUUCCCUAGACACUACUUCUCUAUUGCUGAUGGCUUUGUUUUGGUGUAUGCUGUGAAUAGCCUGGAAUCCUUCCAGAAACUUGACCAGCUCAAAAACGAGAUCGACAAACUUAGAGACAAAAAGGAGGUGUCAGUAGUGGUUUUGGGGAAUAAAACUGACCUUGUGGAGCAAAGACAAGUCACAACUGAAGUAGCGCAGCAGUGGGCCAAGCUUGAGAAAGUGAAACUCUGGGAGGUGACGGUGACUGAUAGAAGGACGCUGAUGGAGCCUUUCACCAUGCUAGCGAGUAAACUCUCUCAAUCCCAGAACAGAUCAGCAUUUCCUUUGCCUGGAAGGAAGAGCAAAGGCAAUAAUGGAGACAGCUAAAAUAGUUCUCCAGGGAUGAACGUCUUGAGUUUCUGUCUCCUGCUGGGGCAUAUG